ACAUCGGAUAAAAUAAUGAUUGUUGCUAAAAUUUGGAAUAUGCCGGCAGUGUCCUCACUACCUUUUCUAGGAUGCUCAGUUCGGUUUCUCAAGCAAAAGGAUGAAGAUCUUUUAUCUGAAUUACUAAACAUAGUGGAGAGUGUUGAGACACCGUCUAAUGCUGCAUUUUUGGGUCCUCUGUGUCACAUUUUCGUUGCAAAUCACGAGGAUGUGAAAGUUCUUUUGACAUCAUCAGAUUGUCUGGAUAAAACAUACCAUUAUAGAUAUCUCUUCAACGAAACAAAUUUACUUGUUCUUCCAGGUCACGUGUGGAAAAAACAUCGGAGGUUGCUAAAUCCACACUUUACAUCACCGGUUGUGCACACAUUUAUCCCUCUAUUUAAUGCAAAAAUCGACAUACUCGUUGGGAAAAUGCACUACAGCAUCGAAACGAAUGAUCAUGACAUUCGUCAUGUUGUACACAAUUGCUUUCUCGACAUGAUCUGUGCAACGACAUUUGGGGUGGAUCUCAACCUGCAGGAGGGGAAACAUGUUGAAUUUGUCGAAGCAAUUGAUAAUUAUGCAAAGAUCGUUGCAAGGAGAUUUUUUAAUUUCUACCUACAAGUUAACUGGAUCUUCCGGUGGACACCAGUUGGGCGGUUGUAUGCACGAUCACUGAAUGUUCUCCACGGUAUGACAAAGAAGGUUGUUGAUCAACACAUUAGAGAUCGCAACAGUCAACGUGAAAAUUCAUCGGAGAUCCCCAGCAAUUCCACCGCAACAUUUAUGAAUCAUUUGGUUAAUUUGUUGGAAGAGGGAACAUUUACGGAAAAUAACUUGUAUGAUACGGUGGAAAUAAUGAUUCUGGCGGGCUUUGAAACUGCUGCUGUAACAAUGCAGAACAUCUUACUAAUGCUCGCGAUGCAUCCUGAGGCGCAAAAUCACUGUCGAGAGGAAAUUUUGAGAAUUUGUGGUACUAGUGGGAAUAUUUCUGCGGAGGAAGUUGCUCAAUUGCACUACCUGGAACUGGUUAUCAAGGAAACUCUACGGCUUUAUCCUGUAGCCCCACUCAUUGGCCGUCAACCCACGGAGGAUAUUCAACUGAAAACUUGCACUCUUCCCCGAGGAGUCCACAUAAUAAUCGUUACCUACCUCGUGCAUCGUGAUCCAAAAGUAUGGGGAAAGGAUUCAAAUGCAUUCAAACCCGAACGUUUCCUCCCUGAGAAUUUUGAAAAUAUCCCAUACUACAGCUAUAUCCCUUUUAGUGCUGGCUCAAGGAAUUGCAUUGGACUCAAAUAUGCUAUGCUUGUUAUGAAAAUCGUCCUUGUAAAACUUCUGCGGGAGUUUGAAUUCUUUACAUCACGAUCCCUAAGUAUGGAUGAACUUAAAUGCGCGAUGUACACAACGAUUAAAAUUGCUCAAAUUAAUGAACUGCGUGUUAGAGAAAGGGUCAAAUAGGUGAAAGAUUAAUUAGUAUUUGAAGGAAUUCAACUGCAGUAGAAAGUGAACAUUCAGUAUUUUUUCUUGAUCUUUUCUUUGAUUUUAUUUUACUAACUUCUGUUUCUUUUUUUUUCUUUAUCCUUUCAAGGCUUGUGAGUCCUUGCAAGGAUAAUUAUGAGGAUCGUAAAUACAUGAAGAUAUCCUAAUUUACUGCGGAUCUUCACUGUAUAUUCUUUGGUCUUUGGGUUACUGCGUGGGAUGAAGAAACGCAAUAUGUCCUUUUAAUUUUAAGGAUUUUGUACUUAAAUAAAGCUGUUUGAUUGUCCAGCAAAUGAGAUUCCUCAAGUGUGAUUUACAGGACAUUCAUGCCAUUAUUUAAAAAGGAGAUUAAUAUUUUUAAAGCAUACAACGAUGAAUGUAUUUUUAUAUGUAUCAAAUUUCCGUAUAUAAUUAAAUAGAAAAUGUAUUUAGGUCA